AUGGCUGUUGGACAGCUUUUUCAAUUAUUCACUUGUCAACAACCACGAUUUAUUGGACAAGGCAUCGACAAUUAUUACUGUUGGGAUGCUUUAGAGGUCCAACAAUCCCUACCGCACUGGCCAUUUAUCAUGCUCGAUCUACUAUUCGAACUAUUCUUCACUUCAAGACUCACGAAGUUUCUAAUCGAUGCAAACACGAAUACUACCUUACUUCCAGAAAACAUGAGAAAACCCAAUCAACGAACAGUAUUCACAGCCGUAAUAGUUUGGAACUUGCUACGACUUUUUAUCAGUAUCCCACUGAUCAUGCUUUCUGCAUACGAAGUCCCCUUAAGAACUAAUUACGUAAAAAACGCGACAACUUUUAUUGGCAUAUUCGCUUUAUUGAAUAUAGCUUUGACGAUCGUUAUGACUUUUGAUACGGAAACAGUGCGAUUUUUCGAGGGAAAUCCUUCGUCGUAUCAUAAUAAUAAUGUUGAUGAUGAUGAACAAUAUGAAGAGUUGGAGGAAAGAAGAGAUUUACUUACUAGUGAUAAUGGUGAAGUACUGGUGACGUCUUAUCCAACAAGUGAAAUCAGUAGUUUUGAUGAAGAGGAGAUUGGCAAUAAGGUCUAA